UAUUUAAUUUUUUUCCAAAGAUAUUUUCAACGAACAUUACAAAAAGUCUCCGACGGAGAAAUCAAAAAAGCUUUUUGAUUUUUGUGUUCCAUCGAAAACCCAAAUGUCUCAUCUCACGAUUGUAAUCGUUUCUAUCAUCUUCCUCUCUCCACUCGCCGUCUCCGUGACCUUCGCCGCCGAAUCGGAAACUCCGACGGCGUAUUCACUCCUCCAAAGCUACAACUUCCCCGUAGGAAUCCUUCCAAAAGGAGUCGUGGCUUAUGAUCUAGACACAGCAACAGGCAAAUUCCAUGCUUAUUUCAACAAUUCGUGUAGCUUCUCUCUUGUGGGUUCUUACCAAUUGAAUUACAAAUCGACGAUCAGUGGUUACAUAUCGGAGAACAAGCUCAAGAAACUGACUGGUGUUAAGGUCAAAGUAUUGUUCUUGUGGCUUAACAUCGUCGAGGUUAUCAGAAACGGAGACGAGAUGGAGUUUUCAGUUGGGAUCACGUCGGCCAACUUCGCGAUUCAGGAGUUUUUGGAAUCGCCUCAGUGCGGGUGUGGUUUUGAGUGCAAGGAUUCGAAAUUGGAGUCGUUUGCGAGAAGAAACACUCCUUUUGUCUCUUCCUCUUGAAUUUGAGAAAAUAAAAGGUUCAAUUUUUUUUUCUUUGUGUAAUUUGUCUUUCACAAAAAAGAAGUCUUUACCUUUUAGAAAAAAGAUCGCAUCUUUUUGUUAUGUAUUGUCCCAAUAAUAAUAUGAGCGUUAGUUUCUGGAAUCCGUAAUUGUUUUACUUCAGAAGGGAUUCAAGUUGUGAAAGUAAAGAUAUUGGUGAACAUUGUGAAGUGAAUUUGGCUGAUUUGUGAUCUGAAAUUUUCUUAA